AUGGUCAUGUUUAACGUUACCCUCAAGCCAAAUGCCUCGCCAGAGGAGCUGGAAAAGGCAAAGGAGGAAGCAAAGAAGACCGGUGGAACCAUUCGCCAUGAAUACAAGCUGAUCAAGGGUUUCACCGUCGAGUAUCCUGACGACCACGUCCAUGUCCUUCAAAGCACCAGCUCCGUCAACGUCGAGCAGGACGGACCGGCGCGAACGCAAAAAUAA